AUGUCCAGCGGUUGGAAAACAGGCUUGCGGGGUGGAGGAUGCACACCAUCUACGAGACGGAGCUUGCACAUUCAGGGUAUGGAUCGAGAUGAGAAACUGGGUCUGUCUAGUGAGGGGAUCUGGAAGAAGGGGUUGCGUGUGCAGUAG